AUGAGUGACAUUCAGUCAUCCCGACUUACCCGAGAGGAUUAUACGGCGCUACGGUUAGGAGCAUAUGAGAAUUCCCUACAUCAGAUUGCGGGCCAUGUCGACAGUGGGCUCGGGAACACACUGGAGAAGAGUCUGGUCUCCAAAUCGAAAAGCACUCAUUCCGAUUCCGGCAAGUGCUUGACCUGUGAGGCCUUCAAAGAGACUGUGAACGAUGUGACUCUCGCCCUCAUCCAGAACAUUCAGACGGCCCUCACGAAGUUCAGCGAGCCCCACACAUCCGACCCGGGAAAGAUGACAUUUCCCACCGCUCAGCCGACGAAGGGUGAAUAUAAGGUCGACGGUGCUGUCACCGCUCUCGUGCGUGUCCGGCGCCUCGCAGCAAUCCUUCUCGACUCCUACCACUCCGGAGACCGCAUUGGUAAAACCGUCGAAUUCGCAAAGACUGCUUGCAAGUGCCGCUACGCAUCCUCUAACUGUGCUCGAGAGGGCUCGGACCCGGACGCUCUUCUCCACGUCUCGGCGCACCUUCUGUCUUCGGUCGACUCGGCGCAUGGGCAUUGCACCGUCGAGGAGAUCACACUCGCUCUCCACCGAUUUGUUCACGAGCUUAAGCAGGAUACGAAGAGUGGUUUCAAGUUCUCUGAACCUCCGAAGAAAGCAGACGCCAGCGCUUGA